GAGGGAAAGACCCAUUUACAGCUUUACUGCCUCGUUCAGUUCGUCAGGUUUUCUCUCCCUGCCACCUCAAUCUUAUCCUCUCCCUCUCUUUUUCCCUCUGUAGUCUCACUUUCUCUCACUCACACACACACUAAUUCUCAAACUCAGUUCAUUCACAGGCAGACAGGGUCAGACAGCUUCACAUUUCACCUUGCUCUGCCCCUGGAUGAGAAGACAGAGCCCUGCAAGGUGCAGCCAUCACACAGGACACAGGCUCCCAAGGCUCAGUCAAGUUUGACUGAGUGUCCUGAACGCACCAGGAAAAUCUGAGGAGAUCAAGACGUUUCUUUGGAAUGGAAUUGCAAGGUUAUAACUCAUCAUUCUGAAGAGCAAGACUGGCAGCAGUAAACACAGACAGCUGGUUACAAGACCAAAGAGAAACUACUCACUGGCUUUAUUCAUUUGAAUGGUUCCUGGUAAAAGGAUCUGUUAUACCCUCUUCCAAUGUUACUGCUGAGAGGGUCCAUGUGAGGCAGAGUGCCCAACGAAGACCAGCAUCAUGCCAACUAUUUGUGCAAGGUGCACUUUGGGAGUCUGACCCACCAUGUGCGAAUGGACACCCACCACCGCUGGUCUCUACUCUAACCUCGCAUUAACUGGCUCAGCCCUCCCUGGGCUGCAAAUUCUUUCUAAUCCUUUUUCCCUGGCAUGCCUGUCUCUGAUAUUUCUGGCUUGCUCUGCUCUUGGAGGUUGCCCACCUGCAGUGGGGCAUGACACGCUUCAUGCACUGGCACGGGGUACGAACUGCUCGUGGACUCUGGAGCGGCACACGCGCAGCUAUAACCACCUAGAGGGUGACGUCCGCCUGCGACGCCUCUACUCCGCCAACAAAUUCUUUCUCUGCAUUGACAAAACGGGCAAGGUGGAUGGCACCCGUCGGAAGAACUACGCUGACAGUCUGAUGGAAAUCCGAUCUGUCAGUGUUGGAGUUGUCGCCAUCAAAUCUGUCAGCACCGGCCUGUACUUAGCUAUGUCCAAAAAAGGCACGCUCUUCGGAUCGGUCAGAUACAACCCCAGCUGCAAGUUCAAAGAGCGCAUUGAGGAAAAUGGCUAUAACACCUACGCCUCCCUCCGCUGGAAGCACAGGGGAAGGCAGAUGUUUGUAUCGCUGAAUGGCCGAGGGAAACCACGUAGAGGCCACAAAGCUAGACGGAGGCACCCAUCAACCCAUUUCCUCCCUAUGCUGCCCACAUAGCUGGACUCUCCCUUAUGAGGAACACUAUUAGAAUUAUGAACAUCAUCAUUUGAGCCCAUCUACCCCACAUAUUUACUUAUAUGUGCAUUUGAUGGUGACUUGAUGUUAUUAAGUUCUGGUUGUUCUGUUUUGACUUUUUAGCGGAGUAAUGUCACACAGUGCAUUAACUUAUUACUCUGCAUUCUGGCUCAAGUUUAAGGCCCAGUAAAGUUUAAUGGAAGGCUGUUAAUAUUAUGUAUAUACAGGUUAUGUAAUAAUGGUAUUGUUGAGUUAACUAAGCAUUUACUGUAUCCAUCUGUAUGCUUAUUCUAACAUACAGAUUUCUGACAGACAUCACAAUUGGUGGCUGUGCAUUUCUGAAAUGCAACUGCAUGAGGAUUUGGAUUCAACUGAAUUGGUUGCUCAAAAAGCUCUGGUACACAAUAAAGAAA